AAAACCUCCCAUGGCAACAGCGCUCUCGACGCGCCACCAACCGCCCGCCCAGCGCUCGCUCGAUCGCGAGCGCAAACCGCGCGCGCAGAACGUACGUACGUAGCUAGCACCCGCCCGCCACCCACCAGCCCACGUACGUUCGUUCGCGCCCGGGAAGGCGAAGGCGAUCGAGAGCCACCUUAUAACAGCCCGCACACUCCGCAGCUCGCAGUUCGUUCGCACACUGUACCUCUCAGACGGCAACGCCGGAGCUCGCCGUCGUCUCCAUCGAUCGCUCCAUAUAAUCCUCUACGCCCGCGUCUGCCUCAUCGAUCGUCCUAGGUUACUAGCAGGCGCGUCCACGCGAGGCCGACGGAGCACCGCGAGCUGAACGGGAGCCAGGCAGGCAGGCAGGCAUGUCCGCCGCGGGGCCCAGGGUCGCCGGUGCAGCCCGCAGGCCGUCAUCCCCGAGGCCUCCGUCGGCCGGCGCUGGAGGGAGGGAGAGGCCGCCGUCGGCCGGCGCCGGGGGGAGGGAGAGGCCGCAGUCGACGACGCGGCGCGGCGACGAGGACCCGCGGGCGGCGGCCGACAGCAAGGCCUCCAACUCCAAGAAGAGGCUGCCGACCGCCACGGCGGCCGCGAGGGGCGCGCUCCCGUCCAUGCUGCUGCGCCGGUCCGAGCUGCUGCGCCGCGGCGGGAAGAACGGGAACAUGCAGUCGCUCAACGUGUCGUGCGCGUCCGAGGCGUCCGACGACUCCUUCUGCAGCCGGGCGUCCACCGGCAGGAUCGGCCGGCCAGCGGGGGCGGCUGCCCGGCGGAGGGCGGCCGCCGGGUCGUCGGCGGGGCCCCCUUCCGCUCGGAAGGCUGCCAGCGUUGCGCCGGACGGUGCAGGAGCAGCUGCUGCGGUGGUGCUGGGUUCGAUGAUCGGAGAACCUGCGGCGGCGCCGGGGCCGCCGAGGUGUCCCUGGGUGACCCGUAACACCGAUCCAUGCUACACUGCCUUUCAUGACCAGGAGUGGGGCGUCCCAGUGCAUGACGACAGGAAACUAUUUGAGAUGCUUGUUCUGUCUGGUGCACUGGCGGAGAUGUCAUGGCCUGUAAUCCUCAGCAAGAGGGACGCCUUCAGGGAAGUGUUCAUGGAUUUCGAUCCUCUACUGGUGUCGAAGCUAAACGAGAAGAAAUUCCUGGGGCCAUGCAGCCCGGCCAGGUCCCUGCUGUCGGAGCACCGGCUUCGAACCAUCGUCGAAAACGCGCACGAGUUACUGAAGAUCAUAGAGGAGUUUGGGUCGCUGGACGAGUACUGCUGGGGCUUCCUCAACUACAAGCCCAUGGUCGGCAGGCACCGGUCGCCCCGGGAGGUGCCGCUGCGGACGCCCAAGGCCGAGGCGCUCAGCCAGGACCUGGUGCGGAGGGGCCUCCGCGGCGUCGGCCCGACGGUGGUCUACGCCUUCAUGCAGGCCGUCGGCAUGGCCAACGACCACCUCGUCACCUGCUACCGCCUCGACGAGUGCGCCGCCGCGGAGGCCUCCGACGGCGGCCACGGCGGCACCAUGGUGAAGGAGAAGGAGAUGGGCAAGAUGUGCGGGAUGAUGAUCGAGUGCGUCAGCCUGGAGAGUUCAAUGGCCGCCGCCAUGAUCAGCAUCUCGUAGGCCGUAGCAGCAGCAGCCGGAGAUCGUGGCUGCGGCUUGUGUAUAUGGUUGUUUGGUUUGAGGGUUUGUUUGAGCAAUGCGUUUGAUUGAUUGAGUAGUUGCCGCGGACCGAGCCGUUGAGCUUGUGUGCGUGCGUGUGUGAAUGAAAAAGAUAAAAGAUAGGUGUAGCUUUGACAGGGGAAGCCGCGCGCGGGACGAAGGCUUGUUCCACGAUUGACGUUAACAAUUCGCAGGGUGGUGGAGCCGUCCCGGAUAUUGUAAAGUUGAGAGAUUGUUCUCUGAUUGAUUGAUCUAUAUAUACCACACUGAAAACAAAGAGGGUCUGAUUCU